CUCUAGUCACACUGAGACCUAGCAGCAAUCCCCUACCUGAAGGCGUCAUACCAAAGCAUCGUAUAGUCGGUCACCUGGACGGGAUCUCUCUCCGCUUGACGUUCAAGUUGAACCCAAAACGUAAAAACAAACUGAACGAGUCGGAAGAGGACCCCUUCGCCGAAGACGGUUUCGGAGAUGCCGAAGAGGAGUGUUUACUGGGUGCUCUAGGAGAAUAUCGGUUGCCUGAAUGUUUGCUGUUGUCGCUCGAUAGUCUGUGCGAGCGGUUCAUGAACGUGGGGCUGGCACAAAACUUCCCCAUGAUGUUCAAUGGCGGAGUGAAAGCCUAUUAUCGCAGAGAGGCGACCGGGAUCAAUACGGUAGUUUCGAGUAUGAAGGCGGUGAUCCAGAAUAGCAAGAAUAAAUCGUUCAAGAAGAAGAAUGGAAAGAUCUUCAAGGCUUUAGAGGCGGUCAUGAGGGAGAACGAAGAGCUUAUGAGACGCGCAAUCACCCAACCUGGAGAGAUUCCGGACGAAGACGAGCUCGUCGAUGCGGCGCAGGUCCUGGCCGACAAGGACAAGGAGGAGGAAGACGAAGGCGAAAGGUUUGAAAGGUUGCUUCGCGAGGGAUUUAUGGGUCUUUGUGUGAAACAAUGUAGCAAAUCCAAGCUCAGAGUGGGUUACCUCUUGAAGAAAACUCUCUCGUCGACUACCGCUCACGAUUCUGACUACCUUGGCCAGUGCGAGAUACCCGACUUACCCGAGGAAGUGGAACCCGAACUGGAUCGGAUCUUGUCUAUGCCACCUUCUCCAGUCCUGGAGGAUGGCCUGAUCCAAGAGGACUCUGAACCGGGCUCCUAUAGCGAAGAGGAUGCCCGUCAACUGAAAAUGGCUCACAUACACCUAGAGUCUACUAUACCUUGCAUGCAAGAGGAAGUCCAGCAGUCUGUCAACCUGGCACCCAAUGAGAUCCCACCACAGAGCCAACUACUGGAUGACGACACCGACGAAAUCAUGAGCGACAUCAUUGUCGAGAGCCUCGCUGUCGACCGCGACCUCGAUCACGACCUCAUCUCUGAGGACUCGUCUUCUCUAGCAUCACGAUUCUCAGACAUGUCAGAGGACGUUUGGUCGUUCCCCGAGAGCCCGAUCGACGGAGUCCAAGCCAUCACGUAUGAUCAGCAUUCGAGCGCCGCCUCGCUACCGCUAGGGUCUCCGCCUCGAUCCCUUACCACAAUUUCCACGCCAGUGACCGCUUCCUUCUCAAACGAAUGGAGACUAUCAGACGGCACGGGUCACGAGCGCUCGUCAAUCAGCCAUCACGAAACACCUAUUCGACCAUAUGACGGAGACGAUGGCAAUGUCAGGGAUUAUGAUGAAGAGGAGGUUUACGACUUUUAGU